AAGUGCAAGGCAAAUUUCAUUGUCAUCUUGAAUAGAUUCUACUAGAAGAAAGAAUCAAUCGUUUAUUCCAAAUUUUAUAUAGUUUUCAACGGUGGUUGCUAUUGCGAACACACUAAAAGUCUCUUGGAGAAGAGCAAUGUUGAAGAAGAUAUUGCGGAGUUCCAGUUGCAGAGGAGGAUUAGGAAAGAAUAGGAAGGAGAUGAUAGUGGCAGUGAUAUUUUUUUGCGUUUGCUUAGUAACAAUCGAGUGUGGAGUAAGAGUGACGGAGGCAGAAGAGUAUUUCAAACCGUUCAAUGUCACCUACGACCACCGCGCUCUCAUCCUCGACGGCAAACGCCGCAUCCUCAUUUCCGCCGGAAUCCACUAUCCUCGCGCCACUCCCGAGAUGUGGCCUGACUUGAUUGCAAAGAGCAAGGAAGGUGGAGCGGAUGUGAUUGAAACUUAUGUUUUCUGGAAUGGGCAUGAGCCAGUGAGAGGACAGUAUAAUUUUGAAGGGAGAUAUGAUCUUGUGAAGUUUGUGAAGUUAGCAGCAGCUCAUGGACUCUAUUUCUUUCUCCGUAUAGGCCCUUAUGCGUGCGCCGAGUGGAACUUUGGGGGUUUCCCAGUGUGGUUGCGUGAUAUCCCUGGUAUUGAAUUUCGAACAAACAAUGAACCUUUCAAGGAGGAGAUGAAGCGCUUUGUCUCCAAGAUGGUGAAUAUGAUGAGAGAGGAAAUGCUGUUUUCUUGGCAAGGUGGUCCUAUAAUUUUGUUGCAGAUUGAGAAUGAAUACGGGAACAUUGAGAGCUCCUAUGGCAAAGGAGGUAAAGAGUAUGUUAAAUGGGCGGCUAAGAUGGCUCUAAGUCUUGGUGCUGGGGUCCCAUGGGUCAUGUGUAGACAACAGGAUGCUCCAUAUGAUAUUAUUGAUACAUGCAAUGCGUACUACUGUGAUGGAUUUAAACCAAACUCUCAUAACAAACCAACGAUUUGGACAGAGAAUUGGGAUGGAUGGUAUACACAGUGGGGUGAAAAAUUACCUCAUAGACCUGUUGAAGACCUUGCUUUUGCAGUUGCACGAUUUUUCCAACGUGGCGGAAGCUUUCAAAAUUAUUACAUGUAUUUUGGCGGAACAAAUUUUGGCCGCACUGCAGGGGGCCCCUUGCAAAUUACAAGUUAUGAUUAUGAUGCCCCAAUUGAUGAGUAUGGUCUGCUGCAUGAGCCAAAAUGGGGUCACUUGAAAGAUUUACAUGCUGCAUUGAAACUUUGUGAGCCUGCCCUGGUUACUGCCGAUUCACCAACAUAUAUAAAAUUGGGUCCAAAGCAGGAGGCACAUGUAUACCAAGUAGAUGUUCACCCUAAUGGAUUGAAUUUGUCUUCCUUUGAAUCUCCAAGCAUAUGCUCGGCAUUUCUUGCCAACAUUGAUGAAAAAAGAGAGGCAACAGUGACAUUUCGUGGUCGAAGAUACACUAUACCACCAUGGUCUGUGAGUGUGUUGCCAGAUUGCACAAAUACAGUUUUCAAUACUGCCAAGGUUAGAGCUCAAACUUCUGUCAAACUAGUAGAAUUUGAUUUGCCAACUGUCUCCAAUAUUUUCCCAGCCCAGCAAAGUAGGGACCACAAUGGUAUCUACUACAUCUCAAAGUCUUGGAUGACUACAAAAGAGCCACUCAAUAUUUGGAGUAAGAGCAGUUUCACUGUUGAAGGUAUAUGGGAGCACUUAAAUGUGACAAAGGAUCAAUCUGACUAUCUUUGGUAUUCAACCAGAAUAUCCGUUUCUGACAGUGACAUCUUGUUUUGGGAGGAAAAUGAUGUCCGUCCAAAACUUACAAUAGAUGGUGUCCGUGAUAUACUGAGAGUAUUUGUCAAUGGCCAGCUUAUAGGUAAUGCUGUUGGUCAUUGGAUCAAGGUGGUCCAGUCUCUUCAAUUUCUCCCAGGAUACAAUGAUUUAACACUGUUAACUCAAACAGUGGGUUUGCAGAAUUAUGGUGCAUUUAUUGAGAAGGAUGGAGCAGGGAUCAGAGGUACAAUAAAGAUCACUGGAUUUAAAAAUGGAGAUAUAGAUCUUUCAAAAUCAUUAUGGACCCAUCAGGUUGGGCUGCAGGGCGAGUUUUUAAAACUUUACAGUGAAGAGAAUGAAAAUUCAGGGUGGGUAGAAUUAACCCCUGAUGGCAUCCCAUCCACAUUUACAUGGUACAAGGCAUACUUUGAUGUUCCUGGUGGCCUAGAUCCAGUUGCUCUUGACUUGAACAGCAUGGGGAAAGGUCAGGCUUGGGUGAAUGGUCACCAUAUUGGAAGAUACUGGACUCGGGUUUCUCCAAAAAGUGGAUGUAAACAAGUAUGUGAUUAUCGUGGAGCAUAUGAUUCUGACAAGUGUUCAACAAAUUGUGGAAAACCGACCCAAACAUUGUACCAUGUGCCACGGGAAAUUUCUAGUAUUGUGCUUUACUUAACUUCUGACUUAUUGGUCUACAGGUACCAUGUGCCACGAUCAUGGUUGAGAGCAUCCAACAAUUUACUCGUUAUCUUGGAAGAAACGGGAGGAAAUCCCUUUGAGAUUUCUGUAAAGGUACAUUUGUCCAGCAUAAUAUGUGCUCAAGUGUCAGAAUCCAACCAUCCACCUCUGCAGAAGUUGGUAAAUGCAGAUCUCAUUCGUGAAGAAGUUUCUGCUAAUAAUAUGAUACCUGAACUUCAGUUAUAUUGUCAAGAAGGACAUACAAUAUCCUCCAUAACAUUUGCUAGCUUUGGUACCCCCCGAGGUAGUUGUCAGAACUUUUCUAGGGGAAACUGCCACGCUCCGAGUUCCAUGUCAAUAGUCUCCAAGGAAUGCCAAGGGAAAAACAGCUGCUCCAUCAAAAUCUUAGAUACUGUAUUCGGAGGUGACCUAUGUCCGGGUGUUGAGAAAACAUUGUCUGUGGAAGCAAGAUGCACAUCGUUAUUGAGUGUUAGUUUCUUUCAAGAGGCUGUAAGUAGCUCCUAAAAUGUUGUUCGGUGUGAAUCUAAUGCAUAAGUCAACCGACUAGAUAAUGGUGCUAGCCUGAAAAGGUCCUUUCAUUCUAUUGUGUGUGUACACAACGAUACUUCAAUAAAUGUCAUUAUUUAGUGCAUA